AUGUGCCAUUGGCCAGGCAGUAUUCUGCCUGGCCGGCAAGACGAGCGGCGCACCCGCCCGGUCAGCAGUCUUCCCCUUCACCGGCCCCUCCUGCAUGAUGCGCCUCGGCCCAGCCCCAUCGCCCCCUGCCCUGCCGAGCGUCGUCCCCGGUUCAAACCGCUGCCAGACCCCCUGGCCGCAUUCUGCUUUCACAUCACACUGGACGGGCAGCAGGCAGGCAGGCACGGCGCGGCACACCCCCGUCGGGGCGGUGCCACCCCCCGAGGUUACCCCAUGGCAUACUUCCGGGUCCACUCGCGCGCCGUGUCCUCGUAG